UCUGCGCCCUGCCUGCUGAGGCCCUGGCAGCUGGGGGUGGGCGCCAUCCGUACGCUGCGCACUGGACCCACUCUGCUCUCGGUGCGUAAAUUCACAGAGAAACAUGAAUGGGUAACAACAGAAAAUGGCAUUGGAACAGUGGGAAUCAACAAUUUUGCACAGGAAGCGUUGGGAGAUGUUGUUUACUGUAGUCUGCCUGAAGUUGGGACAAAAUUGAGCAACCAAGAUGAGUUUGGUGCUUUGGAAAGUGUGAAAGCUGCUAGUGAACUCUAUUCUCCUUUAUCAGGAGAAGUAACUGAAAUUAAUGAAGCUCUUGCAGAAAAUCCAGGACUUGUAAACAAAUCUUGUUAUGAAGAUAGUUGGCUGAUCAAGAUGACACUGAGUAACCCUUCAGAACUAGAUGAACUUAUGAGUGAAGAAGCAUAUGAGAAAUACAUAAAAUCUAUUGAGGAGUGAAAAUGGAACUCCUAAAUAAACUAGUAUGAAAUUAAAAAAAAAAUGAAAACU